AUGCAGGUUCUCCUUUCUGGUGCCCUCCUGGCCCUUGUCGGGAUAGCUCAGGCCGAGGUAUCAGCCUAUGGACAGUGCGGAGGCAGUGGAUACACAGGAAGCACCACUUGCGUGUCAGGCUUCGUCUGUACUUCGCAGAAUGAGUGGUACUCUCAAUGCCUCCCAGGAACAGCAACCAGCAGUGCUACAACAUCAGCAGUGACCACCACCAAGGCCACCACUACCACGCUGACAACGACCACCAAGUCAACAACGCAGGCAGCUACUGCUACCUCGCCAGGGGCUGUUUGUACUGGAACAUUUAGUGCAAUCUCAGCUUCCGACUUUGUGUCCAAUCUGCAUCCCGGUUGGAACCUGGGAAACACCCUUGAUGCCGUUCCCGAUGAGGGAUCUUGGAACAAUCUACCGGUUGUGGCGUCGACCUUUGAUACCGUGAAAGCUGCCGGAUUUAAGAGUGUCCGACUUCCAGUUACCUAUGCUUAUCACUUUACUGGAAGCUCACCAGAUUGGACCGUUGACCCAGCAUGGCUGCAGCGAGUCUCCGACGUGGUUGAUAUGAUUGUUGCUCGUGGACUCUAUGCCAUCGUUGAUGUGCAUCAUGAUUCAUGGGUUUGGGCUGAUGUUAGCAAGUCCGGAGCCGAUCUUACCAUGAUUGAAGAGAAAUUCUACAAACUCUGGUAUCAAAUUGGAACCAAGUUGGCCUGCAAAUCCAAUCUCGUUGCCUUUGAGCCUAUCAAUGAGCCUCCAUGCAAUACUGCCGCCGAUGCUACUGAGAUCAACAAAUUGAACAAGAUCUUCCUCCAGGCUAUCAACGAUGCCGGUGGGUUCAACUCGCAAAGAGUCGUGACUCUAGUCGGAGGUGGUCAGGAUAGCAUCAAGACUUCAGACUGGUUUGUUGCACCAUCUGGAUUUUCGAAUCCUUAUGCUAUUCAAUUCCACUACUACAGCCCUUACGACUUCAUCUUCAGCGCUUGGGGAAAGACCAUUUGGGGCUCUGACAGUGACAAGACAACUAUAAAGACCGAUUUCCAGAACAUACGCAACGCUUUCCCCAAUGUACCCCUUCUUCUGGGUGAAUACGAUGCUUCACCCACCAACACCGAGCCCGCUGCUCGAUGGAAGUACGUUGACUUCUUGAUCAAGACUGCAGCCAGUCUCGACAUCUCCUGUGUGCUGUGGGAUAACGGAUUGGAUCACUUGGACCGAACCACCGGAGUCUGGCGUGACUCGAACUCUCUCUCGAUUAUCGCAAAGUCCACCGAGUCUACUGCAAAUAGUUUGCCAGAUAGCACCGAGGAUGGUUCUGCAACCACCCAGUCAUCGUCGGCUUAUAUUUUCCAUCAAUAUGGAACUGCUGUGACAGCACAGACCCUUCCUUUCAUCUUCAACGGUAACACUCUCUCGUCAAUCAGUGACUCUACUGGUGCGAAAUUGGCGUCGGGAACAGACUAUUCUGUCUCGGGUGCGAAUAUCAUCUUCACAGCUUCGUACUUAUCCAAGCAUCUUUCAUCCACCACAGCACCAGGUGUCGUUGCCACUCUAACCCUGAAGUUCUCAGGAGGAUACUCGUCCCCUGUUAUCCAAAUUGUUCAAUGGAAGACUCCGACUCUGUCAUCCACAUCGGCAGUGGCCUCAUCUGUCUCUGGCUCUGACCUUUUAAUUCCAAUCACCUGGGGUGGUUUGCCAACUAUCGCUGCCGUAAAGGCUUUGGCCAAGAGUGGAACAUACCUGGUCGAUGACUGGACACAUUACCUGGGUCCUAUCCAGCAAGCGAGAGCUACCUACGCCGGCCAGUAUAACUGGGACGCGUCCCAUGUAAUCCUUACUUCAUCUGCUAUUGACUCUGUCAUCUCCGCUGGCCAAUCGGCCGUGUUCACCUUCGAGUUCUUCCCGCGGGAUAAUGGUGUUGUGAAUGCUGUCAACUUCACCUUGACUGUCUGA